AUGUCUUGCUCAACAAACGAUUGCGGAAGGACAAGUCAGCAAGACCAGACAGAAGAAGAGGAAGAACAUAGUUAUUCCUUGUAUGAAUUUUAUUUAAAUUCUCUAAAAACAAAAAACAACGAAUCGGAAAAGAAUGAAGAAAUUGAAAUUUGUUUUUGGAAUAAAUUACAAGAUGAUGUAGAGGAUGUUUUUGAUGAAUCGGGAUUUGCUACCCGACCUGAUAGAAGGUUCAGACACACUGCUGUUUAUAGUGCUAAAGAGGAUGCCAUGUACGUGUUUGGAGGGUUUGUGGAAGAGGGAAAUGAAUCACAAAAUGAUUUUUGGAAAUUUGACAUCCCGUCACGAACAUGGACAGAAAUUUAUCCAACCAAUGCAAAUCAGGUGUGGCCAUCUCCUCGCAUGGAACAUUGUGCUGCAAUGAUUAGCCUUACUCCAACACGAUUCAAACUUUUUGAAACACUUAUGGGACAAGAAAUUAUUCCAUCUCACCAAGAAAACAGUGCAACCACUUAUCUUCACAAUCAAAUGUAUAUAUUUGGUGGAUAUAGUUCACAAAAAACGCAAUUCAACAAUGAUCUCUAUUGCUUUGAUUUUACACAUUAUAAGUUUUUUAAAAUUAAUUACAAAGUGACCCAACAAUUAUUCUAUUUAAACGUGAAAAGAGUUGAAUAUGUAAAAGAACGUUCAAGACACACAAUGGUUGCAUCAGGAGAUGAAAAAUUAUAUAUUUUAGGUGGAAUGACAUUUCUGUCGCAUUGUUUGAUGGACGUAUGGGAGUAUGAUAUCGACACUCAAACCAUGACUUGUUUGUGGCAAGAUCGAAAUGAAGAUGAAUCUGGAAGCGAUUUAACAAAAUCGAAUGAGGAGGAGCAAGACCAUCCAGAACCUAGGUGUUCUCAUUCUUGUGUAUAUUCAAGAAAAGAGAAUGCAUUGUAUGUGUUUGGAGGAAUAAGGAGAGGGAUCAAGUCAUUUCAAGAAUUGUGGAAAUUUGACAUUUCUCACAAACUAUGGAUAGCUGUAGAUAUGCACGGAUUUGUUCCAGUUGAGAGAUUUGAACACAUUUCAUUCAUGUUAAACGAUCUCUCUGAUUAUUUAUUUAUUUAUGGUGGAUACAACUAUCGUCACGGAUGCCUAGAUUAUAUUUAUCAAUUCUGCCUUAGUACGAAAACCUGGAUUCGACUUCAAAAUCGCAACUACACAGUAGGUGGAAAAUUUGCAAGCACAGGUUCCAUCUUAUUUGUUGAUUACAAUGAAACACCCAUCAGUAGAGUUGGAAUGUCCUGUAUAGUCACCAAAGAUUACCACACGAUUAUCUUUGGAGGAAAAUCAUGUACCUUACUGAAUGAUGCGUUUGUUUGUUUUUUACCAGGACAUGGAAGAUUGCCCUCUGUGACUUUGGAAUUUCACAACACUUUAUAUCGAAUGGUUCUUGAGAACACCAAUCAUCAGGAUACCUCUCUCAGUGAUUGUUGUAUUGUUACUUUCCAUCCUCUUUGA